AUGAACUCAUACGCUGCAAGACUUGCCUCAUUCACGUCAUGGCCACACGUAUAUCCAAGUGCCUCUGACGUAGCCCGUGCUGGCUUUCAUCGAGAAUUCGACCCUACUUUUCCAUCCCCGGAUCUAACGGAUAGUGACAAUCCAUUUGAUUUCCACGCUACUCGAUCACCGAAGUGUCCAUUUGUACGUGCAACACAGCAGAAAAAGAAGAACCGGAAUCAGAAGACUCGCCAGCAAUACAAGAGGUCUCUAAAAGCCACUCAGUCAGCCACUCAGCCAGAGCACUCAGUUGAACAAGAGGAGGAGUCACUACAACAGGCAAAUGCGGAGAACACUGCGGAGAAACCAAGCGACAACAAGGCCACCAUCAUCAAGAACACGGCUCAGCUCUCCAAGAUCCCACGUCAUAUGCUCUCUACGAUUCCACAUCAAACCACCACUCAGCAGGAGAACAUCACUGCAAUUUGGCCUAUCAUCUCCGCUGCACGAUUGUGGCACACAAUCACUGAGUUGAGCAUACAAGAGAAGGAUCUACUACGACGGUCACAGCCAAAUCACUAUGGCUAUGGCAAUUGGACCUCUGCAGGCAAGGGUCACAUCGGACGAUGCAUAUUUGGACGAAUUGAAACCGUCCGAUGUCUUGCUUCAACAUCCAUUUUACUAUUCGAAAGGCUUUCACUGCGGCAGGAGAACUUAUGGGAUUCACACCACUAA